GGCCAUGGGGCGGGCGGCGUGGGGGCUGCUGUGGCUGCUGCUGGGCAGCGCCGCGGCGCAGUACGAAAAGUACAGCUUCCGGGGCUUCCCGCCCGAGGACCUGAUGCCCCUGGCCGCAGCCUACGGGCACGCGCUCGAGCAGUACGAAGGGGAGAGCUGGCGCGAGAGCGCGCGGUACCUCGAGGCGGCGCUGCGGCUGCACCGGCUGCUGCGGGACAGCGAGGCCUUCUGCCACGCCAACUGCAGCGGCCCCGCGCCGCCCGCGGCCUCGCCCUCGGCGCCCGCGCUCGGUCCCGACGGCGGCCGCGGCGGCGACGAGUGGGCCCGCGAGCUGCAGCUCUUCGGCCACGUCCUGGAACGCGCCGCCUGCCUGCGGCGCUGCAAGCGGACGCUGCCCGCCUUCCAGGUGCCCUACCCGCCGCGGCAGCUGCUGCGCGACUUCCAGAGCCGCCUGCCCUACCAGUACCUGCACUACGCGCUGUUCAAGGCUAACCGGCUGGAGAAGGCGGCAGCCGCGGCCUACACCUUCCUCCAGAGGAACCCGAAGCACGAGCUAACCGCCAAGUACCUCAGCUACUACCGGGGGCUACUAGACGCCGCCGACGAGCCGCUCACAGACUUGGAGGCGCAGCCCUACGAGGCCGUGUUCCUCAGGGCCGUGAAGCUCUACAACAGCGGGGACUUCCGAAGCAGCGCGGAGGACAUGGAGCGGGCCCUGGCCCAGUACCUGGCAGUCUUUGCCCGGUGUCUGGCCAGCUGCGAGGGGGCCCACGAGCAGGUGGACUUCAAGGACUUCUACCCGGCCAUAGCAGAUCUUUUUGCAGAGUCCCUGCAGUGCAAGGUGGACUGUGAGGCCAACCUCACCCCCAACGUGGGUGGCUAUUUCGUGGAGAAGUUUGUGGCUACCAUGUACCACUACCUGCAGUUUGCCUACUACAAGUUGAACGACGUGCGCCAGGCCGCCCGCAGCGCCGCCAGCUACAUGCUCUUCGACCCCGAAGAUAGCGUCAUGCAGCAGAACCUGGUGUACUACCGCUUCCACCGGGCUCGCUGGGGCCUGGAGGAGGAGGACUUCCAGCCCCGGGAGGAGGCCAUGUUCUACCACAACCAGACCACUGAGCUUCGGGAGCUGCUGGAGUUUGCACAUCUGUACCUGCAGUCAGAUGAUGAGAUGGAGCUUGAAGAGACAGUGCCUGCCGUGGAACCCAAGGACCCGCCGUCCGACGCCGAGUUCGAGGGGGAGGGGGACUACGAGGAGGGCAUCUAUGCUGACUGGUGGCAGGAGCCGGAUGCCAAGGGUGACGAGGCAGAGGCCGAGCUGGAGCCUGAACUAGCAUGAGAGGGCCACCCUUGCACCCCUCAAGAGCUGGGGAAACCUGAGCCCAGUGAUACCGCCCUCACCAGCCUGGGCAGCAGCAAGAACUAUUUAUUAAAAAUGUACAACGGACAUAGCUGACCAGGCCCCAUCCCAUCCCACCUGUGAGCGCUGCUCCCCAGGUCUCAGGGUCUCUGGGCCACAGGACGGUGGUGCUCCAGCUGCUGAUGGCCCAUCCUCCUCCUCGGUGCUCUCCUCAGCUGGACAGUCUCCUGGAGGAGAAGGUUCCUGCUCCUCCAAGCUGGGUCUCAGCCUGGAUUUCAGAGACAGCAGAGGGGCCGCUGAUGUUAUGAAGAGCGCUCCAGAGUCCAGUGGUUCCUGGCUCACUGGCAGUGGGUGCUCAAUAAAUGUUUCUUGUUGAA